GAACGGCCAAUUACAGGACGAGUCAACAAACAGUUGGAUCGACCGACCUGUCCAAUCCAGCAUAUACCGAUCUCAACUUCACGGCCUUGGUGCCGAAACCCCGAAGGAAAUCGGGUGGAAUGGCGACAUUAUGCCUCAAAGGGCGGCUCCUCAAGGUCCUGUUAGCCGGGGCACUUUUGGCGAACGGUGUUUUGGGUGCCGAUAUCCUCCAGACGGUGGGCUUCAGCAGCUGCGGCAGCGACACGAACAUCACGGUGCAAAAGGCCGACAUCAGCUACAACAAUGACAACAAAACAAUCGUCUUCAACGUGGCAGGGACAAGUACGAGGGUGCAAAAUGUAACGGCUAUCCUCAACGUCACAGCAUAUGGGCAAAACAUCUACUCCAAUGCAUUCGACCCCUGCGAGAAGUCUACAUUCGUGGAACAGCUUUGUCCUGUCCCCGCUGGCAGCUUUGCGGCGCAGGGUGUCCAAGCCAUCCCGCCGGAGUAUGCAAACAUGGUUCCCUCGAUCGCUUUUCAGGUUCCAGAUAUCGCGGCAUUCGCAACCCUCCAGCUACAAUCUAAGGAUACUGGCGAGAAGGUCGCAUGCAUCCAGUCGCAGGUAUCCAACGGCAAGACGGCAAACCUGCCCGCCGUCUCGUACGUAGCUGCCGGUAUUGCGGGAGCUGCCCUCAUCAUGACGGGUAUUUCGGCCGCUGGCGCAGCCUUCGCGGGAGGCGGCGGUGCGGCAUCCGGAAGCACAGCAGCUGGCGGCUCGGGGGCUCCAAGUCCAACGUUUACCGAGGUCUUUGGAUGGUUUCAGGGCAUGGCCAUGAAUGGCAUGAUGUCGGUAAACUAUCCAAACGUCUACCGGAGCUUCUCCAAGAACUUUGCCUUCUCGACAGGCCUGAUUCCCUGGACUCGAAUGCAAGAGUCUAUCGACAGCUUCCGUGCUUCGACUGGAGGCAACCUCACGAACAACAGCGUGCAGUCUCUAAGGAAUGCGACCUUGGUCUUCCCCGAUGGAUCGUCGUCACCAUUCCAGGCGAGGAGCGUCAAGGGGGCGUUCGAAGAGUUCGCUCGGCUGGCUUCAAGACAAAUCACGUCGAGUGUCAAUCAAACCUCGGGCGCCGGCCAGGGGGAAACUGGGACCGGGGAAAGCGUUCGAGUUGCGGUCAGCGGCAUCGAGGGCUAUGUGCAGGAGCUCAGCAUUCCCUCGGCCAACACCUUCAUGACAGUGCUCUUGAUCGUUGCGAUCGUCAUUGCGGCCAUCGCAGUUGGCAUCUUGCUCGUCAAAGUCGUCCUGGAAUUCUGGGCCUUGUUUGGCAGCUUCCCCAAGGGGCUGGCGGGCUUCCGUAAGCACUACUGGGGCUCGAUCGCCCGCGCCAUCACCAAUUUGAUCCUGCUUCUCUACGGCGUGUGGGUUCUCUACUGCGUCUUCCAGUUUACCAAGGGCGACUCUUGGGCGGCCAAGACGCUCGCUGGCGUCACCCUCGCCUUAUUCACCGGUAUCCUUGCCUUCUUCUCUUUCAAGAUCUGGCACACGGCGCACAAGCUCAAGAAGAUGGAGGGCGAUAUUGGUGCUCUAUACGAGGACAAGAGCAUCUGGGUCAAGUACAGCCUGUUCUACGAGUCGUACCGCCGAGACUACUGGUGGAUCUUCGUACCGACCAUCAUCUACAUGUUUGCCAAGGGCUGUGUCCUCGCGGCCGCCGAUGGACACGGGAUGGUUCAGACAAUCGCCCAGCUCGUCAUUGAGGCUGUCAUGAUGGUCCUCCUCCUCUGGAGUCGCCCUUACGAACGGCGCUCGAGCAACGUUAUCAACAUCGUCAUCCAGGUCGUGCGCGUGCUGUCGGUGGCUUGCAUACUGGUGUUUGUCGAGCAGUUUGGCAUCGCGCAGACGACGCAGACAAUCACCGGCGUGGUUCUUAUUGCGGUGCAGUCGGCUCUGACUGGAAUCCUGGCCAUCUUGAUUGCCUGGAAUGCCAUCAUUGCUUGCUGCAAGGAGAACCCGCAUCGCAAGCGCCGCAAGGAAAUGGAGAAAAUGCAACGCGACACUCUCACGCCUCUGGAUGCGCGGAACUCUUUGUUGCUGGACCGCUCAAAGUCGGCAAAUUCGGAAGCAUCCGAGCCGCUCAAGCCGGGCUUCGGUGUCGACAACCAGGAAGUGGCCGCUCGCUCCAUCUCGCCUGACCGGUAUCUCAACGCCGAACCGCCAUCCAAAUCUUUGUUCGCGCCCCGUUCCGGGGCCUACCGGCCAAUAACACCGGCAACACCAAUGGCGGUGUCGCCUCUCAACUCGACAGAAAACCUCCUCAACACAGCACCCGCAGGAUCAGCCGACACGCGGCAGCCCACGUUGCCAAAUAUGAGCGGCGGCACCAGUUACGCGGGUGCCGCUGGUUACAACAACUACAGCGGGCCAAGCCGCCCGUACAGACCCCCGGCGCAAACCGGCUAUGGUGGGGCGCGCCAGUACGGCGGGGGCGGGGGCGGGGGUGGAUACGGCUACGGUGGUGGGCCUUACGGAGGGCAGCCUCCCCGUGGCUAUUAAGCGGCGCGAGCGGCGCAUCGAUUAAGCAUAAUUUCUCUUUAUCACUUACCCCUCAUCCGGUAUAGAAACAAGCAAACGAGGGCAUUUGCAUGGAGGCUCGGCCGACAGUAUAUAUUUGGCGAUUUAUUUUCUUUUUGUACAUGGCCUAUUUUCAUGGGGUCGGCACAACGGUCUGGAGAAGGCGGGGGAGUUGUUUAUGUUUAAAAUGAUACCACACUAUGCAUAGUUAGCUUUGACAAAUAAUCAAAUCUCAUAUAAGAGAGACCAAGAGACACUGGGAAUGCAACUUGAACUGAUUAAGUUAGAGCUAAGAUGAGUUGUAGGUAAGUUUGUGACAGUGGUUACGGAUAUUCCACUGUAUUGUCUGCUGGGUGCGGCCCAUUCUUACCAGGC